UUUGCUUUCCCUUUGAACAGCCUUUCAAGGAGGCAGUAUGACCGAGUAUUGUUGCUGCGCUGCUCUGCGUGCAGUUACGGUAAUGGUGCUGAUGAGGGCGAGGAAGACGUGUGAUGCUGCUGCUGUGUCCUGCUGCCAUUUCAUCCGCGGAUCCUCGCGAAAAUAUCAACAGUCAAAUAAACCAACAGAUCGGAUCAUCUGACGGUUUGCACACUCAACAGGCUGGUUUUAUCUUUAAAAACGGAUCACGUGUUAAUGGUGGACAAGAGGCCUGGUAAUAUGAUUCAUGUUAUUGGCGGGUUAUAACACAACCACUGCUACUCUGGAUGAUCGUUUUUAGAAGACAUAGCCUAAUCAUCAAUAUGGGGUUUGCUUUUUACGGGGAACUGAGCUCUUAACUUUAAGAUUUUAUUUUGAGAAGACAUGGAGACGAUAUGGCUUUAUCAGUUUCGUCUGAUCGUCAUUGGAGACUCCACGGUCGGCAAGUCGUGUCUGAUCCGAAGGUUUACUGAGGGCCGCUUCGCCCAGGUGUCAGACCCGACGGUGGGGGUGGACUUCUUCUCCCGCCUGGUGGAGAUCGAGCCGGGCAAAAGAAUCAAACUUCAGAUCUGGGACACUGCGGGACAGGAGAGGUUCAGGUCCAUCACCAGAGCUUACUACCGUAACUCAGUGGGCGGGCUCUUACUCUUUGACAUCACAAACCGGCGUUCCUUCCAGAACGUCCACAACUGGCUGGAGGAGGCCCAGAGCCACGUCCAGCCACACAACAUUGUCUUCCUGCUGGUCGGUCACAAGUGUGACCUAGAGGCCCAACGCCAGGUGACCCAGCAGGAGGCAGAGAAGAUGGCGGGGGUCUAUGGGAUGCGCUACGUGGAGACCUCGGCACGAGAAUCUAUCAACGUUGAGAAGGCGUUUGUGGAUCUGACAAGAGACAUCUUUGAGCUGGUACGGAGCGGGGACAUCAAGAUCCAGGAUGGCUGGGAGGGCGUCAAGAGUGGAUUUGUUCCCAACACCGUCCACUCCUCUGAGGAGGUUACCAAGGGCAGCCGGCAAUGCUUCUGCUGAUUUACCUGGCUGCAGCAUUUGGGGGUGACAGGUAAUACUUCAGUGGACUCCAUCUGUAGAAGAUCUAUGCCUCGCGCCUUGGCUGCAUUCAGGCCAGUAUUUUGGGACUGGUAAUAUUUUCCCUGCUCAGUUAGGCCUUCACACUAUACUUCUAUAUAAAAUACAUAGUUUCAUCUUUCCGGUGCCUGUUAAUGGCUCUUCAUUGAUGUUCCUAACAGGCGUAGAAGCACAAGAAGCAUCCUAACUCUAUCACUGUUCUGUGUGCAUGUGUGUGUGACUGUAAUAAUCCUGCUGUCUUUGCAGCUCUCAACACUUCAGCUUUACCACACUUUUGGCCUUUCCUGAUAGUUAUAAUCCAGUGGCCAAUUAUGUUGCUGGCGCACAUCUUUUAAAGACUGAUACUGUCAGUGUAGUGUGUUUAUGCUCUCAUGUUAAUUUAAAUCUGAAUCAGUGAUGCCAAGACUGAGCCAUGCCUCUUCCUUUUCACGCAUAAUACUCAAAAUAUAUUGCAACCUUGUACAGACUAUAACCAGUGAGAGAAAUGAGACAGAAGGGAUCCUUACUGAUUGAACCGCAUUACAAAUUCAAGUGGCUUAAUAAAUAAAGAGAGCGGAGGAUAAUAAACAUGAAGGUUUGAGACUCAGCUGGACUCUGUGUCAUGUAACAACUGCUGGAGAAAGAGUUUGCAAUGU